GACCGGCGCCUGUGGCUCUCCCCGGGAUGUGUCCACUCCGUUGAUUGGUCAGACUUUUUUUUUGACUCCGAGGAGGGCAUCGUCUCGUUUCUUUAAUAUCCCACUUCCGUGUUUGCUGGAGCCUAACGAAAGAAGUCAUCUUUUCUGAAAACAAAGCCUUAAAUAAUCAAGUGUUUCCCUUCAAGAUGGCUAUGGUAAAGAGUGGUUGGCUUCAUCGACAAAGUACCAUACUGCGCCGGUGGAAAAAGAACUGGUUUGACCUGUGGGCUGACGGACGCCUCGUCUUCUAUAAUGACCAACAACGGCGUGACAUGGAGGAUGACAUCCACAUGAGGGUCGACUGCAUCAACAUCCGCAACUCUGCUGCCUGUCAAGAGCUGAACCCCCCGGAGGGGAAGAAUCGCGAUGCCUUACUCCAGAUCGUGUGCAGAGAUGGACGGGUCAUCAGCCUGUGUGCAGACAGCGCAGAUGAUGCUCUGGCAUGGACCAUGGCACUGCAGGAUGCCAGAAUUAAUACGGUGGUCGCUACUCCUCAGAUCGGCUUUGCACAGGAAGUGAUGGCAUCUGCUCCUCCUCCGUACUCGGAAUAUGCUCCCCCACCUCAGGCUUACGCCCCGGGCCCAUAUGGAGACUACGCUGCACCUCCACCACAUGCUACACAGAUUGUAUACUCUGCUGAUGGGCAGCCUUAUGCUGUAGCAUAUCCUUACCAGUACCAAGGUGGGUACCCUGCUCCUGGAGUGAACCACGUUGUUAUCCGGGAACGCCAGCGUGACGACGGCGGAGACGUGGCUUUGGGCAUGCUCGCUGGAGCAGCGACCGGUCUGGCCCUCGGCUCUCUCUUCUCAGUCUUCUAGUGUUUUCAUGCACAUCUAGUAACGCACCGUUCCCCCCCUGUAUUUGCAACAUUUGGCUUCUUCUCUGCGCCAUCACAUGAGUUGGAGUGAAAUGUGUCUGUUGGGCUACUUCUAUCUAUGAAGCAUGAUUGUGAUGGACAGUGAAUUACUCCGUACGUGUCCUAUAGCCUAUAUAAAAAUAUAUAUAAAUAUAUACAGUAAAUACAGUAAGCACUUUCUUCCCACCCCGUUUGUGUUGUCUAAAUAUGAAUGUUCUUAACCAAAAAAUACAGUUACUCAGUUUUUAUUUAAAUCACAGGAAAACACUCCUUUUAUGUUAAUUUCAGGUCCUCUCAGUAUUUCAAGGUUGUUUCUGUUUCCAGAGCACGUUUGUCCUCUAUAUUUACAGAGUCAUCUAAAGAGUUAUCUGUGUACUGUACCUUUUUAGUUUGUUUUACAUGUAUUACCGCCUUUGUUGUGAAUAAUGCAGUGUUUCUCUGGCUCCUCAGGAUAUUUGUGGUGGAGGCAGACUGAGGUGGGAGUGCACACACACAAAGCAAUAAUCACUCACACUGUAGCAUUUUGACCGACCCGUUUAGCGGAAUCUGGUUGUGAAGGAUGUCCGAAGUUGUCGCCGCUCCAAAUAAGUCUUACGUUCGGGGAAACACUCGCAUUUACAUGAUGUGCUUUGAAGUGAAAAGGGACAUCACUCCUCCUUACUCUGUUAUUUAUGUUUUUUUCUUUUUCAUUGGCAGCUGUUGAAUCACACUUCGCAUUUGAUUUGAAGCGCUUUUGAAGUGAUAUUUUGGUCUUGGUUUCAGCAGGCUUUUUGCAAUAUGCACAAAUACCAAUCAGGUUAUCAAGUCUAUAGAGAUGUAGUCAUAUAUUAAUUGGCCUGGACACUAUUUAUUCACUCCAGACUACUUGAAUAUUGUCAGAUUUCCCCAUUUUACAUGGUAACUAUAAUCGUUUUUAUUCACUUCUGCUCAGUAGAAAAACAUUGUAUAUCUGCCUUUAAACAAACAAAUUGGAUUUCUCUACCAAUGACACUAACAGAAGAUGUACGACACUUGUAUUUCCACAUAAUUUCAUUUUAGUAAACGAUCAGCUUGUGCAAGCCGAAAAACAUUGAUGUCAUUUUUCUACAGGUCCUAAAUUGUAUUAAAUUUAAUGAUGUGAAGAUAAUCUAUUAUAUUUCUCUUAUCAAUUGUACUAAUUAAAUUAUGAUCACACUGCAUUUAAAAUAAAAAUAUGAGACAGUUAACUAAAA